GUCGAGGGAGGUACCAAGAGUGACUAUGAAUACAAAGCAACACGCUUUGUAUAUACUCAUAAACAGUUCGCUGAUUUCCACAAAGUAAUUAUAACGGUUACAGAUAGAUGCGAUAAAAUGAAUAAACUUGUAUACGUGCAGUAUUAUUUUGAAAAUGGUGAACACGUUAUCCCAGAGGCUGGGGAUAACAGGAAUUUCUCAAAGACAUCGUUCUCUACGCGAAAGAGCAUAAAGGCCUCUAAAAAUAUCAGAAAUAAUGGUAAAAAAAACUUUCAUAAAGUGUUAAAAGCACGAGGGUUUGAACAAGCACGAACCAUUACUGAUUUGCCAAACUCGUACAAACAUAUUUAUGACGUCAUCAGAAAAAGCAGUAAAGCGACGUCUGUGCAAAGGUCAAGCUGGAUCAUCUUCUGCAUUCCUUAGGGAUGUGCGAACAGCGCCAGAAAAAUCUAUUUUUUUGGCAUCAAUCAACCAAUUAAAUGAUUUAGGAAGAUUUUGCUGCGAAAAAGAUUGUUGGUGUAUUUUGGGUGCUGAUCCUACAUUCAACAUUUGCGACUUCAAUGUCACCGUUACGACGUAUAAACACCCUCUGUUAGUCAAAAAUGGUACUGAAGAGCAUCCUGUUAUGUUGGGUCCUACGUUAAUUCAUUCGCAUAAAACAUUUGACUCGUAUUAUACACUACCAUCAAAUUUAGUUCGACUUAAGCCAAGUUUAGCACAUUUAAAAGCGUUUGGAACCGAUGGAGAGAAAAAUGUGUACGAAUCACUUAAGUCCACCUUCAAAGAAGCAAAACAUCUUCUUUGUGCAAUACAUAUGAAGGAUAAUAUUUUGAAAAAAUGUGCAGAUCUCGGAAUUGCAAGCGAUCUCUACAUAAUUGAAAUAUUUGGCAAAAAGGUCGGAAACACAAAAGUGAAAGGAUUAAUGGACUGUGAUGAAAAAGAAUUUGACGAAACUUACGAACAGUUGAAAAGUUUAUGGUUAAGAAGAAAAUGUGGUGGUGAGUUUGUGAAAUACAUGGACGCCUACAAAAAAGAAGACAUAAAAUAAUGUAUGCUAGCAUCAGUCAGAAUUGGGUGUGGAUUAGGUAAUCCUCCAACCGACUACACGCAGAACGGUAAUGAAUCUAUCAACUCGAUGUUGAAAAGAAGUAAAGGUGUUGGCAAGCUUUCCCUAAAAGAAACA